AAAAUUAGUCGCGCAUUUGUGUCAGAAACAAAUAAGAAGGGACCAGCACUAUAUAAACGUCAAUUGUGCAUCCAUGUCGUUCUUUGAAAACCUUCGUAGCAAGGCAGUAAAUACCUUCAACCAGGUAUUGGACAAAAACAAGGGAGAGAAGCUUUCCCGAGAUGAGAAGUUUUGUAUAGACAAUCAUUUGCCAGAUGGAGAGGUGAUAUUGGCGGAGUUAGCGGUAGAAUUGAGAAUCAGUUCUGAAUACAGCCUUAUUGAGUACAACUCGGUGCCACAGGGAAGAGUAUAUUUGACGAAUCACUAUAUUGUUUUCUGGGAUGCUUACGACAGAAGAAAUUGUUCAUUUGUGUUGAAUCUUUCUGCGGUUAAGAAAGUUGAGAGAGUACCAACAAACUCCUACGGGUUUGCUUUGAACUUGACGACUCACAGCAAGCUCAACAUUGUUCUAUACUUGAUUGGAUUACGAUCGGAAAGCGAGAAGUUUGCUCAUUCUUUGAAAAUGACAUUGAAGCUGAAUCUCCCAAACAUCAAGAAACUUCAACCGUUUAUGCAGACCUGCUAUUCGGAGUACAUUUUAGCCAAAAACAAGAUAUCUGAUGAAAAUAUUGAAGUGGUUCCGCCCGGAGGUUUGGGGUUGAUAUAUAAGUUUCCAGGAAAUCCCAAAGAGUUACGAGACAAGUCCAAAAUGAAGUUAUGGUUUGACCUUUUCCGUGCUGAUGGGAGAAACUUGUCUUUGAUAAGAACCAACAUGUUUCAUAAACUCAUAAGAGUGGGGUUGCCAAACCGAUUGAGAGGCGAAAUAUGGGAGUUGAGUUGUGGGUCCAUGUACUUGCGUUUGGACAAUCCGGAUGAAUACGAACGAAUACUAGAAGAGAAUAAAGACAAACGUUCCAUUGCCAUUGAAGAAAUAGAGAAGGACUUAAAUAGGUCUUUGCCUGAAUAUUCUGCAUAUCAGAACCCUGAUGGUAUUGAGAGACUUCGGAAGGUAUUGACUGCUUACUCGUGGAAAAAUCCUCAAGUUGGAUACUGUCAGGCCAUGAACAUUGUCACUGCUGCUCUAUUGAUAUUCAUGUCUGAGGAACAGGCGUUUUGGUGCUUGAAUGUUUUAUGUGAGAGAAUAGUUCCAGGAUAUUACUCUAAAACCAUGUACGGUACACUCUUAGAUCAAAGGGUGUUUGAGUCCUUGGUAGAAGACACAAUGCCGUUGUUGUGGCAACAUAUUGCCAAACACGACAUACAACUAUCAGUAGUGUCACUUCCCUGGUUUCUCUCCCUUUACUUGAAUUCUUUGCCUUUAGUGUAUGCAUUCAGAAUCUUGGACAUAUUCUUUCAGCACGGUCCCAAAACUUUGUUCCAAGUGGCUUUAGCCAUUUUAAAGAUAAACGGAGAAGAGCUUUUGCAAUUAGAAGAUGACGGGAUGUUUAUUCAAGUUAUCAAGAAUUACUUUUUGUCGUUAGAUCAAUCAGCUCAUCCAGACUCUCCCAAUGUCAAGUAUAGAUCCAUCACCAAAUUCCAGGAAUUACUUGUAACUGCAUUCAAAGAAUUUUCUGUCAUUGAAGACUCAGUUAUCGAAAAGCAUCGCAAUAAGCAUAGAGAUUCGAUUUUUCUGAAUAUUUCCACGUUUGUCAAGAGAACAGAAUUAAGGAAUUUACCAAGAACUCCUAACUUGAACCAACUAACUUUGGGGGUUGUCUAUGACAGAUUCUAUUCCAUUGUGGAAACCUACAAUGUCACGUUAGGAAGUGGGAAAAACACUAUGGACUUUGAAGCUUUUUAUAGGUUCAUGUCGGAAAUAUGUGAUUUUAUGAAUAAUGAAACAACAGAGGACACCAGAAAGAUUGUUAGAGACUUCAUUCACAGGCUUUUCAGUCACUGGGGAACCUCAAGCACAUCCAUCAGUUUACCUGAAUUAGCUACUGGUUUAGAUAAGCUUGCUGAACCCGAUCUUAUGAAUGCAAUGUCCAAUUUUUAUGAACUAUACACUGAUUCAAGCAAGGAUAGAAUUGACCGAGAAGGAAUCUUGAAGAUGUCAGAAGAUCUUUUGGCAAUCACAGCUUGCUGGAAGGACUGUUUCGUAUUGGACGAAAUCACUCAAAAGGAAAUUGAAAAUGCUAUUGCCGAUGUAGUUUACAAGCAGCAAAAGCAGCAGAAUGAGAAGCAAUUUGAAUCUGAAAAGGGUGAGCUCAAGUUGCCUACUGAAGUGGAUAUUGAUAAGUCCAUCAUCGAGAGUAAGCAAACAGAGCGGUAUUUGUCGGCUGCCAGUACCUUUAUUCAAAGAGCUUUUGAAUAUGCUCAACCUAAUGAGGAGGAAGUGUUGAUUGAAGAUUUAAAAAUCGAAGACAAUAAAAUCACCCAUAAUGCUGCAUUGAACCCGAACGCUCCUGUAUUCCUCAAUCUUCCAACAUUUAGAAUGGUGGUUUUGGCGGAUGAGACAUAUGAGCUUUUCUUUAGCAAAACUUUACAGAAUUCCGUCCACGCUGACAAACCUCUUGAUUCCAAAUUUGACACCAUGCGAAACUUACGAGAUAUGUUUGAUGGGUUGUUAGCUGAUGGUAGAGAAGUUGCUACUAAGGUCCGUCGUCGUAUGGACUCAGCCGCUUCCAAUGCUCUAUUGGCUAACUCUGACGGAGCAUCGAUGAAAUCAGGCAAAUCGACCAGAAUCCAGGAAGUUGAUGAAGAGGAACGUGAUGAUGAUUUUAACACCAUUGCUCUCAAUGACGGAGACAAGGAUGUGCUUUUGGGAGCUGAGGUGGGCGAGUUAAAAGUCACCAGUAAUUCCACAAGACCCACAACACAGGUUGAACAACAAAAGGCACACGAGAGUGAACAUGAACAUGAGAGUGAAAACUUGAUUGAGUUUCAAACAUAAAUAACGAAAUGCAAAUUUAUAUACAAACACAUAUAUUCUAAGAUCUACCGAACAAUUUUCUUAAUCUUCCUCCAACCUUCUUCUUUUCUUUUCCUCUUUUAUCGCCGGAUCCAUGAUCUGGAACUUUCGACUUGGGUGGUUCCCUCAACGUCAUGAUCUGUGGCUGCCGACUAGUUUUGAUUUGGGGCUGUGAAUGCGGCACUGUAUGUGAGUACUUUUCUUGUUCCGAGUUGAUGUAUCUGGUAGAGAAGACCCCCGGACUUUCUGGUGAUAAUACCCCAUUGUGGCUGAUUUCAUCAUCCGAGUCGACAAACCGAGAACUUCUGGGUUUGGUGGGAGUUAUAGGUUCUCCUUGACCUUGGAAUUGCGGAGGUUUAAGCUGAUUGGUCUGCCUAGGUUGAUGUUGCUGAUAAUCAGGCGGAGGAGACUGGUGAAGGUGGUCCCUCAAACUUGUUCUCAUUGCUGAGUCACCAGGCGACGCAUGCUCAUUGCUGAACGAAGUCUUUCUAGGAGCAUUGAAAGUCGAGUGUGGUCUGCUGUUUGCUUUGGCAUACAAUUCAGCAGCCUUGACCUGCGACAGAGAUUGGUAGUUAGGGUUCAAGGCCGGGUGUGGAGCAAUGGGCUGAACAUACACCGAGGACCUAUCACGCAAGGAUCUGUGGCUCAUACGAGCUCCUGGAGAAGCGUUUUCGUUGGCUUGUCUUGAAGGGUCAAUCUGCAUAGACUGGGGUCUCAAAGACUUCACCAUUCCAGGAGACGAACCGGGUCCACCUUGGGCUUGUGGUGGGGGUUUUCUUAAAGACGUAGACAUUCUUUUGUUGAGGGGAGUUGCGGACGCAGUGUCGGUGGGAUAAUGGUGACUUUGGGAGUAGACGGGGUUAAUGUCGUUCAAGGACAUCUUGGAGUUCAAUCUGGUGUUUUCCGCCGUAGUCAAAGAAAGGUAAGCUUCGUGGGCAGCGUUGCUCUUUCUUCUACUAUUGUUGGGAACCGAAAAAGAAGACGAGUUCUUCAUAGCAGACUUCAUUGGUCUCUUAGAA